UAUGGAUAGAUAAAAAGAAUUAUACUAAAAAGCAUUAUCUUUAAUUAAAUAAGAAAAAUACAAAGAAGCUUAUGAUGAGUAUUUAGAUCUAUUACUUUUGAAGGAUUGUAUUUCUUUAUAUUCUUAUUUAUAGAAAAAAAUAUUGAGUACAAUAUGUUGAGUGGAUUAUGUUUUUAAAAACUCAAAAAUUACAAAAAGGCAGAAGAAUUCUAUCUCUAUACACUUGAUAAAAGACCAGAAGAUCCUAAAAUAUUGAAUGCACUUUUUAAAUUGAAUAAGGAUGAUAUAAAAAAUAAAGAAAAAGCAAUUGAAUAUGGAUAAAAAUUAAUUACAAUUUAGUAUUAUAUUAUGCUCUAUUUAGCAAAAAAACUGAUAUUGGAAAAGCAAUGGAUGCUACUGUAGGAUAUUGUGAAAUUUUACAUGAAAAUUAAGAAAGGAAAAUGUUAGAUAUACACUUUUAAGAAUUAUUAAAACAUGGCUCAGCUGAAUAAGUAUAUAAAGUAGCCAAAUUUUAUAUUCCAUUAAUUAUUGAUCUAAGAUUAAUUGAUGUUACUUAACCAAAAUCUUUUAAUUCCAUAAUCUCUUAAUUUUCACAUAAAAUAUCUAAUCAAAUCCCUAAUUUCGAAAUCAUUGAAAUCAUCUCUAGAAAAGUAGUAUCUAAAUUCCCUUUAGAAUUUAGAGAUAUCAUUUUUGGACUUGCAAUUUCAAAAGAACAUUAUAUUGUAUUAUUUGAAUGGUUAGAAUUGCUUCCAUCAAGUUGCUUUUUAUUAGAUUAAGUCUUAAGGUAUUGUCACUGCUUUCUUGAUUUUAAAAUUAAAUUCUUAUUAGAGGAAUGCAUAAUUUUAUUGAGUGAUGACAAUUAAGGUUUAACAUUUUUUAAUUAUAUUACAUUUGAUGAAGAAUAAUAUAAUAAAACAAUAUUGAAAGCAUAAGCAUUCUUAGCCUUUAUGAGAAUUUAUGCUUCUUAGAUAGUAUAAUAAAGUGGGGAUUAAUUUUUAUCUGUCAUUGAUAAAUUACUUUAAUAAAAAAACUUUGAUAUUAUUGAAAAAGAUAAAGAUUAUACAAUUUUAGAAUUGCCUCUUAAAGUUGCAUAAUUAUUUAAAAGUGGAAAUAAAGAUAAUUCAUAAUUAGCUAAUACUUUAAUGGUUGAUUUUAAUAAAAAAAUGAAAUAAUUAAAGAACUUUGAGUUCGAUGUUUCUGUUUUGGAAGAAGUAGGUGCUAAUCUUGGAUAUGAGAUUCUAGCAGAUCCAAUGGAACUUAUGGAAAUGAAAAAUUUAUUAAAAAUAAGAAUUAAAAACAAAGCCUAUUCUCUUGAAACUUAUGAAAAAUAUUUUGAUUAUCAAAUGAAAUUAGUUUCAUUAAUUAGACAUUAUGAUGAAGAAUUAUCAAUGCAACUAAUAUUUGAAAAAAUUUUAUCAGAUGAUCCAUAAAAUCUCAAAGUUCAAAUCAAUUAUGAUUGGCUAAAAUUCUCAGAAAAUAAGAUUUCAUAAUCAGAUUUGAUAGAUAAAUAUUAAAAAUAUCUUCCUGCUCCUCCUAAGAUUGAAUAAAUCAUUUUUAAAAGAAUUGGAACAUUAAAAUUAAUAAAUAAACAAAUAAGUGAAGCUAAAACUUAUUUUGAAAAAGUAUAAGGUGAUGAUUAUGAAGCUAGUUUGGCACUUGGUAUGUUAUCUUUCUAUGAAAAAUAAUAUGUAGAAUCUUUAGAACAUCUAUAUAGAGCUUUUAAUUAUUGUUAAACAAAUUAUCAUUUAAAUUAGAUUAUCAUGUUUGUUUUAAAUAAAUUAAAAUAAAAAGAUAAGGCAUUAGAAUUUGCAAUAAAUAUUUAUAAGUUAUAAUAAUUUUAAAAUGUUUAUUGGUUAAGUUUCACUAUAGGAUAACAUUUAAUGCAGAAUGUUUAAUUUGGUAAAGCUCAUGAUAUUUUAUAAAAAGCAGCUGAUUAAUUUCAUUUUAAUGUUGAAAAAACUUAUAAGUUGUAUUAUGAAAAGAAAUUCGAUUAAGGAGAUUUCUCCAUUCCUUACUUUAUUAAUCAAAAUGAUAAUCUAUAUUUAUCUGAUUAUCCUGUAUUCUCUUCAAAUUAUUUAGUAAAUUAAGGAAUGAUUGUUUUAACUGAAUAAUACUUUUAGGAUGAAAAAUAUCUUAAAUUAUUUAAAUUAGAAAUGAAAUUAGCUGAAUUAAAAAAGAUACUUGGAUUAUAAGGAUCAGCUUUAAAAAGUUUAGAAAAAGCUGAAGAAUUGUUGUAAAAUGAAAAUAAAAAUUAAAUAUCUGAAUUAGAUAAAUAUUUAACAAUUAAAUGUGAUGAUACAACAAAUAAAGGAAAAUUAAUUAAAUUUACUUAAUUAUUUAAUUAAAUAUAAAUCUAAAGUAGAUGGGUAAGUACAUAUAAAACCAAAAAAAUAAAUUAGCAAUAUUCAAAACUUUUGAUAUUACAUAAUUUUGAAUGUGCUUAAUUAUAAUUAUAUGGAUAAUAAGAUUAUUUUAGUUAAGAAAGAAUGAUUUAAGGAUUGCUGAUGUCAAUUCAUAAUUUUGAUGAUUAAGAAGUACAAAUCUUAAUAAAGAGCUAUUUAUGUUUUGUUUUUGAAAUAGCAGUCUAAUAAUUAAAAAAUCAAUUAGUUUAUGGAACUGAUGGAGUUUAAUAAUUAGCUUAAAAAUAUUUAAGUUUGUUUAAUUUAAUUUAAUCAUAAUUAUAAUUAAAUGUUUAUGCUUGUGAAUGUUUAAGAGAAUUUUUUUAUUUAUUAGGAAUUUAUUACGAUCCUUAAUAUUUUAGCUAAAGCUUACAAUACUCUUAAAAUGUGAUAAAGUUAUUAUGUUAGAUUGAAAUCGAAGAUUAAUUCGAUUUAUAAGAAACAUUUUAACAUAUAAGGAGUAUUUUAAAUGGAUAAGAUAAAAAAUAAUUAAUUGUGAAAAAUAAUUUACAAUCGUUAUUAUUAACUAGGUGUAGACUUAAUCUAGAUAAUAGUAAAUAUUUAGAAUUAUGUUUAUCUUUAUUUCCAAAAUGUGAUAGUUUGUAUUGUAUAGCGGCAUAAAUCAGAAAAAAUCCAGCAUUUAUUAUAAAAGCUCUAGAAUGCAAUAAAAAAUGUUAAGCAGCUCUUUAUUAGUUAGGAUUGCUCUAUAUAGGUAGAUAAAAUUACGAAUUUGCCUUUUAAACUCUCUAAAAAUGCAUAGAGGUAGAACCUACAACAUCAGCCUUUGCUUAUUUGGCAUUAUCUAUAAUUUUAUUUAUUUAUCUUUAAUAAAAUUAUAAUAUUGAAAUUUCAGAUUGCAAUAAAGUAAAAUAGUUAGAUUCAUUACAUUGUUAUUAAAAUCAGUUAACUUAAGCAAUAUCUUCAUAUUUAGACUAUGUAUCAACUCUUUAGAAUACACCAAUUUAAAAUAUUUUAAGUAUCAUAUUUAGAAAUCUCUAUUUGGGAUAUACAAUUACAAGUGAAGCCAUCCUUCAUGAUGAAAAAUUUAAGUAAUUGCUUUAGUAAUUUCCAUCAGAAUAUUUGGGAAUUUUAUAUUGUGAAAUUCCUUAUCUAUAGAAUACUACAGAAUUAGAAAAGAUUUAUAUAAAAUAUAGUACUAUUAAGGUUAUUAAAGAAGAAAUGUAUUAAGUUAUUUAAUAAAUGAAUUAAUUUGAAAGUUCUAAUAAUAAUCAUAUUUAAUGGGCUGCAAAAUUAAAAUAUUUAAUUCAUUUAUUAACAUUAUGUAUUGAUAAAGUAUCUAAUUUAUAAGAAUUGAUUAUAAUCAUUAAUGAUGCAUUUGAUAUGUUGGUUAAAAAUAUUAUUAAGUUGAGAUAAGCUACAAAUAUUUUUAAUUUUGAUGUUUUAUUUAUGAGUUUUGUAAAUAAAUGGUAUCAUUAUACAAGAACAAUUUAUUUAAAGGAUAAUUCUCAUAAAGAUUAUUAUUUGUUUGUUGCCAAAUUUUAAUAAUAAUGUUUAAAAUUGAAAGAACUUAAUGAAGCUUAAUUGAUUAAUUAUAUUGAUUAGUUAAUGGAUAAAAACACAAAAAUAACAGAUGAAUUAAAACAUAAAUUACAAUUUAUGGAAUUAAUUUAUUAAGGUAAUUGGUAAUAGGCUAUAACUCAUUUGUAAUUAUGUAUAUUUCACAAUCCCUUAAAAAAAGUAUAUCGUGAAAUUCUUAACAAAAUUCACAUGACAUUUUAUGAGUAAAAAUAUAUUCAAUAAGAAAUUUUAGAUUUUAGAAAAACCAAUCAAGCCACUUUGUGGUUAAAUACAAUUAUAAAUGAAUUAGUUUUAGAGAGAUCUAGAAAUACAUCUAGAUUACCUUUGAUACUAAAAAUUAUAAAAUUUAAGAUUUUACCUUAUGCUGAUAAAUUGAUAGCUAAAUUCUUAGUUAAAUUAUUAUGUGAUAUUGAGUAAUAAAUAUCAACUGAAGGAUUGUUAGAUUAAAUAGCAAAAUAAUAUAAUAUUGAUAAAGAUAAGUAUUGGAUUAAAUCAUUGAUUUAAAAGAAUUUGCAUGAUAAAAAGAAUGCAAAUUAGCUUAUAUUAUAAUAUAAAGAUAAUUAUCUUGAAAAAUUUGAAGAUUAAAUUUAAUGGAAAAAAAUAGCUUUAUUUUUAAUAGUAAUAUUAAAUAUUAAUUAAUUAGCCAAUCUUAACUUAAUUGUAUUUUGAUAGAGGUUCUUAAGGAAUGGAAAAUAUAUUAGGUUAGAUAAUGUAGAAUUAUUGUUUAUAUGCAUAACAAUAUUUACCAAAAGAUGAAAAGCUAAAGAAAGCAAGAUUCAUAUACAAUAUGCUACAUUAUGGUUGUUAUUUAAAAAAGUUAGAUGACAUUGAAUCAAUUGGUGAAACACUUACAAAUUUAUAAGAAAUUGCUGACGAAGUAAAAGUAUUUUAUAUAAUUGUAGUUUGCAAAUUAAGGUACAUUUAAUCCAAAUAGUUUAUCGAUAUAUAUACACUAUCAUGUAGCAACUGAAAAAUAUUAGGAAUUAGAAAAAUGGUUAGAUAUUACAAAUAAAUAUAUUUAAAAUAGUGAUCCUAUAAUUAUUUGGGGUUAAAUUAUUAGAUCAUAUCAUUAAGUAAGUAAGAACAAAGAUAUAAAUACUUUAAAGAAAUUUGUUUCUUUUGUAUAAUAAUAGUAAAUACACAAUCCAAAAUUAUAAUCUUUAAUGCAUUAUUUAAUUGGAUAAGCAGUGAUGAAUGUUAAUGAUUGGUAAUAGAAAUAUUCAAAAGAAGAUGUUUUAAAGAAAUUUUAGUUAGCAUUAUUAUUAAAUCCUAACAAAGAAAUAAUAAAAUCAUUAUAACCUCUUUAGACUAUUAGAUAGGGAAAAUAAAAGUUGAAGUUAAGGUUAGAUUAAUAUUUUGAAGAUGUUCAUUAAUUAAAAAAAAAGAUUAAUAAAAAAAAGGUUCUUGAAGGAGGAUUGAAUAGUGAUUCAGAUGAAGAAUUAGUAGAUCAAAUGGAUUAUGAAGAAGAUUAGAAAGAAUUUUAGAAAGAACAUGGGAUGACCAUAGAAGAUCAUCAAUAAAUAACUGAAAGUGUUAUAAUAGAAUAAUAAUAACAUAUGUAUCUUUAUGAAUAAUAAUAAUAUCUCGAUUCUCUCAGUCAGGAAGAAUAAAUGAGAUUAAUCGAAUAUUAUUCAAUAAAUUAUACUUAAUUAUCAUAUGAACAACAAUGUUAAUAUAUGAUAUUGUAGGGUUAUCAGAAUGAAUAAAUUGUGGAAUAUUUUUAUCAUUAAUAAUAAUAAUAAUCAGAAUAAGAAUAAGAAUAAAAAUAAUGA